AACCCAUAAAUAGCGGAGGGGGAGCGCUCUUGGGCUCACAGGCAUUGCAGCCCCCCCACUCCAUUGCAUCCCCUACUCCGUGAGCGCACCGGGGCCAUGCAGUGAGGAGUCCCAGCUGUGAACAUCCAUUCCCCAGAGCAGCCUGCGGACAGCUCCCUGCCCCACUGCCAGCCAGGACUGAACCCGCGCAGUGAAGAACAGACCAGCGCACCCCAACUCAAGAUGAGGAGGUGGACUAGUCUCCUGUUGCUCUCUUUAAUCCUUUGCGCCACCCUCUCGGAGACAUUUGGACUCGUUUUAUCAGCAAAAGAAAAACGGGGCUGGACUUUGAAUAGUGCUGGUUACCUGCUUGGGCCACAUGCAGUAGAUAAUCACAGAUCUUUUAAUGACAAACAUGGCCUAGCUGGUAAACGUGACAUACAGCCUGAAGAGGACAUAAAAAUAGGUAAUUUUGGGAAACCAGCGGUUGACGACAAUGUUGUACGCACAGUAAUUGAAUUUUUGACUUACUUGCAUCUUAAAGAGGCUGGGGCACUAGAUAAUCUACUUUCAUCAGAAGAAACAAAUCUGUCCUGAAAAAUAAUGUAUUUAUACUUUGUUGUAUUGUAAAUUUAAGACUGAACUCUAAACAGAGCUUUAAAUGAACAGAAGAUGGUGAUUAUUGUUUACAUUACUCUUAUACACAGUUACACAUGGUAAACUACUUUCUGCCCUUUUUGUUUUGUUUUUUUUUCUGUGAUGUUACAAUGUAAGAUUUUUGCCUUGAUAAAAAAGUUUCUUUAGGUAAGUGGUAAAAUAAAAAAAGAACAGCUGCA